GCUCGCCGCAGCUACAUGUCCGAUGAAAAUGAUUUCGCGACGAAAAACGUUUUUCCUGUAUCUGUGGAUGACAGUGGGAUCUGUGAUGGGAUAUUCCAACAAGCCGGAUAACCAAGGUGUGGAAUUCUACGUGGCAUUUGGUGAAAACCACCCUAACAGUCUGAGUCUUGAACUUUUCAUUACCACGAGUUUAAACCAAACCAUCACAGUGAAUGUGACAGCACCUUUGGCCAGCUCCGUUUACGCCGGGGAAACAGUAACAGUCACAAAAGGCCAAGUCCGUACAGUCCAGAUUCCUAAAGGUAUAAGGAUGACCGGAAGCGGUGUUCAGUCCAGAGGGAUAUACAUCACGGCAUCGGACGAGGUCAUAGUGUAUGCGGUCAACAAAGAGCACUACAGCUCGGACUCAUUUUUGGUGAUUCCGGCGGACGUGUUAGGAACGGAUUACUUCGUGCCAGCUUGGCCCAAGAAUACUGCAGUCUCUGGAGAUCAGGAACCAGCACAAAUAGGAAUGGUAGCAUCGGAGGACAGUACAAGCGUUAACUUCACCAUGCCAAGUCAUUCUUUCUCUUGUUCGUACAAUGGACAGACCUAUAGCAGUGGCGAUUUCUUCACCGUCUCGCUAGACCGAUGCCAGACGUUUCAACUUCAGUGCGACGAGGACUUAACAGGGGCAAGAGUCACAUCCGAUAAACCCAUUGGGAUCGUCUCUGGAAGUAAAAGGACAGAGGUUCUAAGUACUUCCAGAUCGUCAUCAGACCAUAUGGAAGAGAUGAUUCCCUCCGUCCCGACGCUAGGGAGACGCUUUCUCACUGCACCCCUGUCAGAAAGGUCCGCGGGCGAUGUGUUUCGAAUAAUUGGCACUGUGCAAGGAACCACGGUAACAGUACAAGGUACGACAACCGGAGCCAACACGUACACUUUGAACGCUGGCGAAUUCCAACAGCUACUCGUCUCGUCUGACGACUACCUGUAUAUUGAGGCCACCAAAGCAGUCCUUGUUGUACAAUAUUCAAAGUCAGCCAGUGCAGACGGUGCUCAAACCGACCCAUUCAUGAUGCUGCUUCCUCCACUUGAACAAUUCGACUCUUACUACACUCUGGCAACCGUAGAGGGCGUAUCAGCUGCUUUUAGAAACUACAUUAACGUUAUAAUUAAGAUGGACCAAUUAUCAGGGCUGUACCUUGACGGGGCACCUGUAGCACCAGGAGAUGUAUCCACAAAUUGGACGCAGAUAUCUAAUACGCAGUACGCAGCAGUCAUAUUGUCAGUUUCUCCUGGAACUCACACCCUAUACCACCAGUCACCAAUCGUUGUUUUUUCCGCAUUCGCCUAUGGUCACGUACAGUACGAAUCUUACGGCUAUCCCGGUGGAUGUCGGUUGGCGCCUAUAGGGGAUUACUGUACUUUGACAGCCUCAGUCGCAGGAGAUGGGUUGGAUAAUGACUGUGAUGGUCUUCUCGAUGAAGAACUCCUAAAUUACAUUGAUGACGAUGGUGAUGGUCUCGUCGAUGAAGAUGUGGCCUUAGCUUCCAAUCCAGAUCAGGCUAAUUUUGUGGCCGCAGUGGAGGUCCCAACAACUUCUCCUUCUACUACUUCUUCUUCAACUACUACUACUACUACUACUACUACUACUACUACUGGUAGUAGUUCUACAUCUACUACUACUUCUACUGCUGGUAGUACUCCUACUACCACCUCUUCCACAUAUGUGUCGGUAACACCCACACAAGUACCGACAAGUACAGAAAGUUCAUUGCUCGCGGGAAAUUCUGCUGCUCGGGUUGGAAAAGAUCUUACGACGAUAGAAAUCGUUGGAAUCAGUGUUGGAAGCGUAGUUGCCGCAGGUUUGGUUGCCGGGUGUUUGUCAUUCUUCAUUAUUGGCAAAUACCGUCGAUUUAAGCGCAAAAAAGAAGAAGAAGAAGAAGAAAAAGCAAAACUAGCCAAGAAUACGUCGGAGACUAGUUUAAGAUCCAACAGAGUCAGCCCAGAACCACAAUCAGGGAAGAAUUCCCGCUUAAGCACCAGUGAUAUUGAUGUUGGAGUUCCAGAAUCACCGGGAAACUCUCCUCGGGAUGGAGCCUUUCUAAACUCACCCCCUGCCUACCCGGGUAAGGCUUGGAGCACUGGCUACGCACGCGUUGGUGAGCCUACACAUAUUAAAGGGCAUAAAACACCGAACAAGAAGAGUAGGGCUAUGGUACCGGGGAAAAAACGACCGGCAGUCAAUCAAAAUCUUAACAUCAUUGAUUUCUAAGCUGACAAAUGGAACUCUUUGAAUUAGUAUGUAGUUGUUGAGUCACCCGAAAAUUCUUAUCAUUUGCGCAAUUUGGCCGACGAUUUAUUACAAGUGCCUGACGACUGAGUCGAAUACGAUUUGAUUACACUUUAGUAUCCCUUGAGCCUAGAAAAUGCUUAUUUAACUCUGUUUUAAUUACAUAACUUAAAAAAGUAAAAUUGAUGAAGUUAUAUCUGAGUCACUCACUCCCACAUGCACACACACGCAAUGACAUUAUAACAUACAGUGGAAUGGGUAAUACAGCAAAAUAACAUAAAGAAACUACACAAGCUACGUCUGCAGCACAGAAACAAAAACUGUGAAAAAACACGGGUAAACAACUAUUUUUGCAGAAGCAAAUACAUGUACAUAAAAACCCACUCAUCUCAACAUAAUUGUAUAAUCUUUCAGAAAUCUUUAUCUAAUACUGGUAGAAAUUGACAAGAUUCUUGCCUACUUACACUGAAUUGGUAGGAAGCAUUCAAAUACUUGUAACAAUAGUAGACAAUGUAUUAACCUCAUUUCAACUCUUUUUUUUUUCAGAUAUAUCAGUUAAGCUUAUAUAAACGUAUGUACAUAGAUAAGUUUGCAGUGUAACAAUUAUGCAUGCUACUGUGUGUAUUGAUGUCCAACACUGCGUGCCAGUAGUCGUCUAAAUGUACCAUGCCGCAUUAUAAUUUUAAAGGCAGAGUGUUUUGAAAUCUUUAUCCAUUUUUUGUUUGCGAAAUGUGUUUGUUCAACUGGCAAAGACAUCCAGUUUCCAGACAAGGACAAACACGUGACAAUCUUCAAACUCAAUGUUAUUUUAGAAUAAGUUUAGAAAAACCUUACGGUUUUCACCAAUCUGAUUUAA